GUUUUGCCCUCGCCUGGUGAGUUCCUCUCGCAUGGCCUCCAGUGUGGCGGGGCGCUUCCUCAGCUCGGUUCUGGUCACCAAGGAAACGGGACGGAGACACAAGAGGGACAUUUACAGAGAGAUGCUGGAGGAGCCGCACUGCUGCCCCCUGGUGGAGUACAGUUUACUGGCCCCCCCCUGGCGGGCCCCCACUAUCUCUGAGCUGUCGUCCCUCAUAGAGACCCAGGGCUGGGGGGCCCUGUCCCUCCCCUCCCUCCUCCCAGCCUCCGAGAUCCAGCAUCUCACAGGACCAGAGAUCAACACACGCCUCGCCUGGUCUGUGUACCGCCAGAGAGUGGAGCAACUGGCGCCCCCUGUGAUCGUAGUGGGAGUGUUGCAGCUGAGCACUGGGAGUGUCUGUGUGCAGCUGGCGGAUCAGACCGGGUCUCUGGACUGCGUGCUAGUGGAAACGGAUCCCAACACAAGCCACACCAGGGCUGGCAUUCACACAGCCUGGACUGGCUGCCUGGUUCAGCUCCGGAGCUGCUCCGUGGUCAUGGAGAGAUUCCUCAGGACAGAAUUCCCGUCCUGGAAGCAGCUGGAGGAUUCCCAGUUCAUCAGGGAGCGCAGCUGCAGGGUCUACGUCCAGUUCAGUGUGAAUGACGUCCAGAUUCUCAGCCAGUCCUCUGCCAUGUCCACACUGCAGAGCAGGGAGAGUGAGGGGGUGGGGAGGGAGGGAGAGGGGGGCACAGCGACCCCCGAACAGUCUGUAAAAAAAACAGACAGAACUCCAGCCCCGGAGCCCGAAACAGACAGAGAAAUCCCUGAUUCUUCGGGUAAAACUGUACAGGAUUCCCCUCGAGAGAUCUCCCCUAAAUCUCCUCCCGGGAAAAAACCCGCGGGAGAAACGGGGAUGGGGAAUUCUGCCCGCAAGCGGAAGGUGACGGCGCUCCGGUCCUGGGUGUCGGUGCUGCUGCGGGUCACAGACAAGGAAGGGCUGAUGUUCCGCAAUGCUCACCCGAGCAGCCUGGUUCUGGAGAACCGGGCUCGGAACAGAACCGGGCUUGGGCUGGGCUUCGGAGCCACCGCCUACCUGGAGGGGGGACCCCAAGUGUGGAGCAGGGACCCCCGAAACAGACCCCUGAGAGAGGAGGAGUGGGGGGGAGAGAGCAACAGCGCCCCUCUCAGGGCUGAGCUGCAGUUUGUGGGUGAUUCUGUCCGCUGGUUUCCUCUGAUUCACCCAGGACGACUCUACAGACUGGUGGCUCCCCACACUGCGGACCCCAAUGUCUUCGGCCAGCUUUCCAGCCCCCCCGCCGUCCUCCCAGUAGGGGCUCCCCAGGGCUCCCAGUGCUCGCUCUUCCUCCCAGUACACCCGGACUGGCACCUGCAGUGUCUGGAACCUCACCCCAGAGAGGAGAGCUGGAGACAGGACCUGCAGCCCCUCCUCUCAGUCUCCGCUCUCCUCUCCCUCUCCCUCUCCCCCACCUCCCUCCUCUCUUUCUCCGGGCUCAUCCUCGACAGAGUCACUCUGGAUGAAGGCAAGGGAAAGGCUGUGAUCGUCCAAUCACAGGGCAGCAAACCGGGAGUGGCUCUGGAUUGUGGAGUGAGUGUCCAGCUCUCGGUGUGCGAUGCAGACAGACCCUCCCAGUCUCUCAAGGUCUAUAUCGACUUCACCCAGCUUCCCUACAUCCCGGGCCUGCUGCCUGGGGCCAGAGUUAACUUUCACCGCCUGGAGAGCAAACUGUCCAGGCAGGGGAAGCUGUAUUGUCGGUACACUGCUCUGAGCUGCCUCACUGUGGUGGGACUGGGAGGCGACGCCUCACCCAGUCCUAAUCUUGACCUUGACCCCUCCUCCUCCUCUCCCCCCCUGGUGGAUCUGGGCGACUGGGCGUCCGACUCGGUGCACAGCAUUCUGGGUAGGGUGCGAUGUCACGUCAGCUCCGUGGUGUUGGUGGAUCUGCGGUGGACGUGUUCACAGUGUGCCAGCGUCUUCAAACAGGGUCGCUGCACCAGAAACCACCCCCCCUGCAGCUCUGAGAAUGGUGUCUUCCAAGCAAAAGCCAAGUUUGUUGUGGAUGACGGCAGCGGGUUCGCUCACGUUGUCUGUCGGAAUCGCAACGUGUCGGUGCUCCUGCGGCUGGGCGGGGCUGAGUGGGAGGAGCUACAGCGGGAGGUCGGGGUCAGGGGUCACGUGACAUACGACUGCAGAGGGACGAGCGACGAGGACGGGGCCUGGGAGCAGUGUGAGGACUCCUUUCUGCUCUCCCUCUCCACGCUGUGCUGCAGCGUUCUGGUCUGCAGCCCGGUCCAGAUCACCUGCAGAUUGAGCCCAGGCAGCCUGACCCUCCAACAGAGACUGGAGAAAGCCCAGUUGAAGCGCUUCACUAUCGACGACUUUGAGUUUCUGACCUGGGUUCCACCCCACCUGCAACUGAACUGUGAGGAGAUGACACGCCAACACUGAGAGAGAGAGAGAGAGAGAGAGACGGAAACUGAAAGACACUCAGAGAGAGAGCCGUGAGAGAGACUCAGGGGGACACAGAGACGCAGAGACUGAGGGGGGAACUGUGAGAGACAGUGAGACGCUGACAGACACAGAGAGACGUGUCACUCUCUCUGAGUAAGAGAGACUUCGAGACUCACUGAGCCAGUAAGAGACACACAGAACGACUGACAGACUCCUUGACAUUGUUUUGUAAAAGUAAAUGUUUGCAACAAAUAAAAAGUGACUAACGUUUCCACUAGAA